AUGAAUGGCCCGAACAGUUUGCAGCGCUCGAGCUGGAAGGCCGAGGCUAUCCGGAAAGGAAACUUGAAAAUCAGCGGACCAAUUCCCAUUAUGGAGGACACGCCGCUCAACGAGGAUGAGGAGAAGGAAUUUGCGGAGACGGGUGCGCUGAGCCCUAGCCACCCCCAGGAUCAGGAUGGCCAGCCCGAUAUUAGACCGCAAACACCACCGCAGCCUGGACAUGCACCACCAAGUGUGCCAAUAGACCGAGGAUCCCUCACAUCCCACCCCGUCGAUGAGGAGGUACAAGAGGUGUUGCAAGCUCGCCAGUCCAGAUCUCCGCCCAGGCCACGGCAAGUGACUGAAAUGGCACGUGAAAGUGUCAUUGAGCCGACUACGCCCUCUCGGAAUACCUUUCGUGCGACGCCUGAUAGUACGACCAAAUCUGCGCAGAAGAAGAAGCGCAAGAGUGGGCUUCGUAGUGUUUUCCGCAAGAUGUUUGGGCGCAAGGACAGAGACGAGCCCGAGGAGGAAGAAACCAUGCACAGAGGGCACAGCUAUCACCACAGUACUGCACGGACGGUGGAGACCAUCCGGAGCAUUCAGAGGCAGGAGACUAGAAUCACGCAGUCUGGAGACGGCAUUGCCGAGAUGAGCGCGACCAUAUCACACGUGGAUGAGCCAUCACCGUUACCGAUCGAGGCCGACCAAGUGCGAGAAGUCGAGCCUCCCGUGUCAGCGUUCAAUUUUGGUCUGAAGAGCGGAUUCUCUGACGAUGCCACAACUACUUCAGAGGCACCUGCGCCUGUCUCGCCACCCGAGCGAAGUAAGAACCGCCUCUCCAUUGAAGACCGUGUAGCCCACCUCGAAGGGACAUUCCAGUCUAUUGAGUCUUCGCUGAAGCGCAUGUCUUCACGCAAUAAUCGGCAAACCAUCAUUCUCUCCGACGCACCGCGCAACCUACGGUCACGGCAGCGGUCAAGCUCUACAUCCCACACCAAUUUCGACAGCCUGCCAAACUACCAGUCCAGCAACGACACGCUGAAAUCCAACCCCGCAUCACCAACAUUAGUGCGGCCCAACACCAACGAAGGCAGCAAAGAACAAGUCGUCGAGAAGCUCUACGAAGCGCUCAAAUACGAGCGCACUGCGCGCAAAGCACUCGAGCAACAAGUCCACAAUCUCCAACAAGACAUUGCAGACCUGCACGCACUCGUCAACAAACUCAUCGCCUCGGCUACGGCGACGUCACCAUCGUAUCCGACACCCAGUCCGGAUACCCUCAUCGUAUCGAGGGAAGACAGGCUCGUCACGCCAAAAGCCGAGUAUCGCGGAAAAGAGAAUUUCGUGCGCAUGAAUAGCAAGGAUAGUAUGCGACGGGGUGAAGAAGACGAUUGGAAAGAGAGCCCGCACGAUGUCUGGGCGACGCCCAAAGAAGAGGGGUUCAGUGGCAGUGGAUUUUUCGGCCAGGAUGGGAGGGGGUAUGCUUGA